CACCCCGCCACCGGCACGCACACGCAGAGACUCUGGCCAGAGCCGCCCUUGGUACCAGUGGUCCGAUUCCCGCGUCCGCUCCGGCUGCCGGGCAGCCUGAACACCUGUCUGUCGCGUGUCCCCAAGCCCGCGCCCCUGACUCCGUCGGGGCCAGGGAAGGCCAUGAUUUCUUUGCCCGGGUCUCCUGCGACCAGCUUGCUGCGGGUUUUGUUCCUGGGGCUGACUACUCUCGCGUCCCCCUCACGGGCCCAGCUGGAGGUGCACGUGUCCGGCAGCCUCACGAAGCUGCAGGCGGUGGAGGGAGCGGAAGUGGUGCUCUCAGCGUGGUACAGCCUGCAUGGGGAGCUGUCUCCGACCAAGCCCAAGCCUUGGGAGGUGCCCACCGUGAUGUGGUUCUUCCUAGAAGGGAAGGAUAAGAAUAUGAGCCAGGUGUUGGUGUACAUGAAUCAGGUCACAGCAACAGAUGAGCCUCGAGCAUCCCUGGUCUACUCCAUGCCCUCCCGGAACGUGUCACUGCGGCUGCGGAACCUGCGGGAGAAAGACUCCGGGUCCUACUUCUGUUUUGUGACCUUGCAAGACAAUCAAGGCACUGUUAAAGGUCAAAGCAGCAAACAUUUAGAGCUCAGUGUGCUGGUCCCUCCAGCUCCUCCAUCCUGCCAUCUCCGGGGUGUGGCCCACGUGGGGACCAACGUGACUCUGAGCUGCCAGUCCCCGAGGAGUAAGCCUGCUGCCCAGUACCAGUGGGAGCGGUCACCCCCCUCCUCCCAGGUCUUCUUUGCACCUGUUUUAGAUGCCAUCCAUGGGUCUUUAAGCCUCAAAAACCUGUCCACUUCCAUGUCUGGAGUGUACAUCUGCAAGGCCCACAAUGAGGUGGGCAGUGCCCAGUGCAAUGUGACCCUGACUGUGAGCACAGGACCCAGGGCUACGGUGGUUGCCGGGGCUGUCGUGGGCACCAUGGUUGGACUGGGGCUGCUGGCAGGGCUGGUGCUCUUGUACCAACGCCGGGGCAAGGCCCUAGAGGAGCCGGCCAAUGAUAUCAAGGAGGACGCCAUCGCUCCCCGGACGCUGCCCUGGCCCAAGGGCUCAGACACAAUUUCCAAGAAUGGGACCCUUUCCUCUGUUACCUCUGCGCGAGCCCUCCGGCCACCCCAGGGCCCUUCCAGGCUUGGUGCAUUGACCCCCACACCCAGCCUCUCCAGUCAGGUCCUGCCCUCGCCAAGGCUGCCCAGGACAGAUGGGGCCCACCCUCAGCCUAUACCUCCCGGCCCUGGUGGAGUCUCUUCCUCUGCUCUGAGCCGCAUGGGUGCUGUCCCCGUGAUGGUUCCUGCCCAGAGUCAGGCUGGGUCUCUGGUGUGAUGGCCCAGCCACUCGGUGGCUGAGCCAUUUGGUUCCUCUCCUUCCUGCAAGGUUCGGACACCCCUGGCACAGAGGCCUGAGAUCGGGAGGGUGGCCGCCUUCUAGAUCUGUAGUCCUCCACCCUCACCUUUCUUUACUAUGGGAAAACUGAGCCUCAGUUGAAACCCAAGUUUCCAGGAAGUAGGAGAAGAGGAAGUCGACCUGGGAUUAGGAAGCACUCCCAUCCUGGGUUGUCUCUAAGUCUGCAGUGGGAUGCUGCUGAAAUUGCUACCGCUGCCUCCCCCCCAACCCCCAGUCAACCAGUCCUCCAGGCCCCCUUGGUCUGUACCCCACCCCACCUAACCUCAUCCUUCAGUCCCCCCUCCAGCUCCUUGCAUUAAUAUAACCUACCCUGCUGGCUUGGUUGGGUUUUGUUAGGACAGGGGAUAAGGAAGAUAUUUUCUUCAACUAACUUGAAAUGCAUGAUUUUGUUUUUAUUUUGCCAACUUCAAUAAAGAUACAUUGUGUUUGUAUGGAAA